AUGGGAAAUUCCAACGUUUCACAAAAGUUUGCCUCUCUUCAACCAGUUCCUCUUGUGGACACGGAUAAACGAUUUAAAUUUUGGAAUUUAUAUGAUGGAGUUGUUCAAAAGAGUGUUCAAGCCGAUCAACGGAACGUCUCUGUUUUUGAAUUUAACUUAACGGAAAAGCAGGCUAGAGAUUUACCAAAACAGUUCCGACAACAACAAAAUACUUCUUCAAGCUCAUCACCAGAAGGAGAUGCUUCAAGCUCCUCUCAGAUCACGAAUAAGCCAAAGAACUUGUCUCCAUUCGAAGAGGAACCUGCUAAAACAAUUAUUGAAUGUGCUAGAAGAGGAAUGAAAUUUAUUAAAACAUUGAGACACCCUUCCAUCAUGAAGUAUGUAGACGAUCUAGAGAUCGGUCCUACUCAUUUCUAUAUUGCUACAGAGCCUGUGGUUCCCCUUCGAUCUAUUUUACCAAAUCUUGAAAUGUCUGAAAUACUUUUAGGGUUAUAUCAAAUUGCAAGUGCUCUCAAUUUCUUAAACGAGCAAUGCCAAAUUACAUUUAACAACUUACAUCUUGAUUCUAUAUAUGUGACAAAAGAUAAGCAAAUAAGGUGGAUGCUUGGAGAUUUUCAAUUUGCUCUCGAAUUCAAUAAUUUGGACAAAGAAAUAUUUGAAAAAACAAAGGAAAUGAGAUACUCUGAAACUAUUACUCCUGAAGAAGGAAUGAAGAAGUUUCAAAAAUACACCCCAACUUGUAGAGAUGUUUACGCAUUCGAAAAACUUGCAUCAAAGAUAUUUGCUGAAAUUGAGGAAAGCUGUAAAAAGAACAAUAUUUCCAAUGAUCUCACGUAUCAACACUUUUUGAAAUUACCUGCUAUCAAGUAUUGGAUGAGUAAAGCAUUGGAAAGUGAGCCGCAAUCCAGAGCUACAUUUUCCAGCUUCUUGAAACUGAAGAUCUUUGAACAAGAUCCACUCUGCUCAAUAAUGCUCUUUUUUGAUGAUAUGAGGUUGAAGAAAGCGUCAGAAAAGGAAGCAUUCUUUAAGGAUUUAAAGUCUCAAGUUUCCAAGCUUUCACUUCCAGUUUUUAAGAAUAGAAUACUUCCAAGAAUGUUAACUUUGCCAUUUGUUACAGAACCCGCGUCUGGUACUUUUCUUGCACAUUUAUUUUCUCCUAAAGAGUCUAGUAAGAGAGGAGUGGAAGGAGUUCUUUCUGGAAAAGAUUACGAGGAUCAUAUUAUAACAUUUAUCAGAAAAUGUUAUUUAAGCAAAAAUUACAGCCUCAGAAUGAGAAUUCUACAAACUCUGGAAUAUUAUCAGAAUCAAAUUUCUCUUCCAAUAGCUAUUUCUGAAAUUAUUCCUGAAAUAAUGCGCGGAAUGAAAGACAGUAAUAACGAGCUCGUCAUGUUCACAAUGAAUGCUUGCGUUUCAUUUUCCAAAUAUUUAGUGAGUCAUGACAAUUCUUCAGUAGGCUUGGAAAUGAUUAACAAUCAAUUUUUACCUGCACUGCACCACUAUGCGGUUCAAAACUCCAUUCCAAAACAAGCCACAACAAUGGAUGCUAGCAACAUCGAGUCCGUGAUUGCUCUACGAUCUCAUGCAUUGCUUUGUCUAGUUGAACAAUGGAAUUUACCUGGUGUCCACAAGGGUAUUAUUUUGACGGCUCUACAUGCUAAUUUGUUUGAUAAGGAAAUUUUUGAACUCAAAGUUCAUGCUCUCAAUGUCAUUCUGAUUCACAUGUCACGAUUUGAUCCAAGAGAAUUAAUGACUUAUAUUAUGCGACCAGUUCUGCCACUCACUCUGCAUGAGAAGGAACAAGUGAGAUCAAAAGCUGCCCAAGUUCUCCGUGUUGCUAUUGAAACGUUAGGAGAAACCGAUCUUUCUAAAUGUCAUCUUGGAAUGAUCACCUCACCUAACGAUGGAAUUUCAAAUGUCACUCCACUUUUUCCUGCCACUUCACAAAAAGAACUUGUCAGGCAAGAAAUAUUCUCAGGACAAUCUCCAAAACACGUGAUACAAUUUCCAAAUGACUCCAAAGAUUCAGAAAUUCUCCUACGAAGCACAGAGAUGAACUCUUCUCCUUCUUUGUCAACCUCAGAAUCUAUAUCCUCUCCAAAACAAAUAGAAUCACCUUCUCAUAACGUUCACAGCGUAGAAUCAUUUAAGGCAACAACAACACCUCUACCCUCAAGAGGAGUAGGUAUCAUGAAACUUCCAUCAACCACUCAAGAUCGUGCGCUGAGCAGCAACAACAAUGUAAAACAAGAGUCGACAUCACUGAAAAAUCACAAUUCUCAACAUGAUACUUCAAAAGAAGAGGAAGACUGGAAUAGUUGGUCUGACAACGAUGAGACCACAAAUGUAACUGUGGAAACAAGUCACACUACCAAGAUUGUACAGAGCUCACCCACACAUUCCACUACUGAAUCCUCCAACGCCAGAAAAAAGAAUGUUCUUCGAUUUGAUUCAGAUCACUUGGAAGAAGAAACAUCUCUGCAAAAUUUGGAGGAGGACUCUGAGGAUUUGUUUAAAGAUUUCACACCUAAAGAACAACCACAGCUGCCACCCCCUAAAACCUUAACAAGAAAGAGUGCUACUUCCAAGAGACAAGGGACAAGUGCCAAUAACAAAACAAAAACAAAGACCACACCAGCAGUGACCUCUUCUUCAAGUGCCUCUUCUCCUCCACUACAACAACAGCAGCACGAAGAACCCGAGUCCAAAGAAUCAAACCUUUCCAAGAUUCUCUCAGAGUCAGAAGCACCAGUGGAUAAUUCAGCAUGGGAUGAAAUUGAUAUGUUUUCACAAAUGGAUAUUAAGCAAUAG